UUUAUACACUUUUCUAAUCAAUCACGAUCAAGCCAAUCACAGAAUACAUUAACAGCUCACGAUCUGGCCAACCAUCAUCCCCUAUAACGCUGUCUAUUUCGAUAUAUUCCGUUUUGUGUUCUCUUCAAGUUCAAGCCAGACCUAAAAGUAUAUAAGUAAGUUAAAUUUUUAUCUUCUUCCCCAACUAUGCCACCAGCAAUUCCAACAAUGACUGGCCAGUCCUCUAACUCCUCCAUUCUCUGCGCCUCUUUCAAUCAAGAUAAUAGUGGCUUUGCAAUAAGCACUAAGGAUGGCUUCAAAAUAUUCGAUCCUAAUACAGGCCGUCUCUGUUAUGAACGACCUGUUGGAGCUUUUAUUAUUGUUGAAAUGCUUUACAGUUCUAGUCUUCUUGCUAUUAUUGGAGCUGGUGAACAGGUAUUUUUGUUGUGA